GCGCUGUGUUGGAAGUCGAGCGCCAUCUACGGAAAACUACUGUUCAUCAUUCAGCCUUGUUUUCUUUGGUCGUUUUCUUUAGAUAACUGGUAUAAUACACACACUGACGUCCUGCUAAUCUGCUGUUUGGAUUCGGCAAAGAUGUCAUCAAAUUAUGCGAGGCGUAUGGCACGCCUGGGUGCUCGCAUCUUUGGAGACGUCUAUAAGCCAACAUCGUCCAAGUCUAUGAAGGUUGUAGAGAUGAUGAGAGAAGAGCCGAGAGAGAUGAGGAAACAUAUCGUUGAUUACUACCCACCCCAUAUGGAAGCCUUUAAGUUGAUGGGCUACCUCAGAUAUAUAGGAUUAUACAGAGACGAGCAUGCAGACUUCAGAGACGAGAUGAAGAGGGUUCAGAAAAUGAAAGGAAAAGCUCCUCCGAAGAAGGGAGAAGGAAAGAGAGCCAUGAAGAGGAAAUGAUCACUGCCAUCCUCAAUUGAUAAUAAGACUAUGAAUAAACUGCAUGCUCUUUAGCAUGGACGAUUCCUCUGAAGAGAGAGAGGAAGAGAGAGAGAGAGAGAGAGAGAGAGGAUGAAAGGAAAUACCGGUAAGAAGAGAGACUAGUACUGUAUUGAAGGGAUCAGCAGACAUAGAGUUGUGACCUGGGUGUGGAAUGGUUUCAAUUGAAGCAAUGCAUGAUUUAGAGAAGAUCAGAGAAUGGGAACAGGAUGAAUGUGGAGGCUGAUCUGGAAAAGACCCAAAACCAAUGAAGACAAAGAUGUUAAGAUUAAUAUGACUUCAUCUACAAAAAGAGGA